AUGCUUGGAAUUGGAAUCAAAGUGGGUGGUAUAUUAAUUCCAAUGAUCCGGUUUGCAGACGACAUCGUAAUACUAGCAAAAACAGAGCACGACCUUCAGAGAGCUCUGGAAGAAAUGCAAAUAAUUAUAAAUAAGUAUCAAAUGCGUAUAAAUUCAAGUAAAACAAAAAUUUUAGUUUGUGCUCGUGAACCCACAAUUAACGCAAAUAUUUAUUUAGAAAACCAACUUAUUUCCCAAGUUUCUAGUUUUAAAUACUUGGAAAGUCUAAUAACAUCAGACGGAAGAAGUUCACAGGAAAUUAAACAAAGAAUCGGGCAAGCAAAAACAACUUUUAUCAAGAAAAAGAAAAUUUUGGUUUCGAAAAAAAUUAGCAGAGCAAUAAAAAAUACUUUUUUAAAAACGUUUGUAUGGAGUGUCGCUUUAUACGGCUGCGAAACAUGGGUUAUUAAUGAAAAGGAAAAAAGAUCCCUGGAAGCAUUUGAAAUGUGGUGUUGGAGACGAAUGGAAAAAAUAAACUGGACAGAAAGAGUAACAAAUGAAGAUGUAUUGACCCAAGUUGGAGAAACAAGAUCCUUAAUUAAAGCCAUAAAGCGACGACGAUGGGACAUGAUGGGACACGUUUUACGUCAUGACGAAGAACUGCAUCAUACUAUAAUAGAAGGUGCAAUUGAAGGACGGAAACCACCAGGAAGACCAAGAAACUCGUACAUAUCUCAACCGAAAAAUGACGUAGGGUUUGAUACAUACGUCGGAUUAAAAAGACUUGAUAAAGAUCGUGAUAAGUGGAGAGCGAAGUUAAAAACGUUGUGA